UCUUCUGUUCCACUGUAUGCCAUUUUGAUGUUCUAUUAUGACUAACAAAAAAAGAUCUGAAUUUAACAAAUAAUACACAGGCCUAUUAUUUUCAAUAUCCUACUACAAUUUACCAGGAUUGACAAAAUCCUAUUUUUAUCGCAUUUAUUUUAAUCACUAAUUAGUCAAACAUGAUUGCACCUGAAUUUGAUCCUGAAAAUAUGAUUAUAAUAUUUUCCCUUAAAGCUUUUAAACAAUUAACAUAAUGCAGGCAGUAAUUGUAUUUUAAUUUCAGUGGCUAAAUAAGGAGGUAGGCAUAUCAAUUCCAGCUGAAACUUGGAUUGGAAUCUGUGCUUCAUGUGCAGCAAUAGAUCUCUCCGUGCAGCAGGCAGCCUGCUUGCUUCAGCAAUCAACAUUCCAUAAGGCCGUUGGGACAGAGUGCCGGGCAGGCUACACAACAACACAGCUGGAAAAGAAUGCCAGUUUCUCAAUGUACACCAAAAAUAUAUAUAUUUGACUGCUAAGUGGUAGUCCCUGUUCUCCGGCAUUCUUGUUUUACUGCUGUAAGUAAAGCGGUGGUUUGUUGGGGAAAAGAACGUCUAAGAGCUAACUUUAGCUAACUAACGUUAUCUCUCUGGCUAACCCUCCGUUGACAUGGUAAGUUUUCAUUUUGAUAAAUGUUUAGUUAAUGACAGUGAAUGUACGUGUAUGUGUGUUCUCUGUGAGAGAGAGAGAGAGAGUUGAUGAGUACACAUAUAAGAAACAUUGAUUGUGUGUGUGAGACAUUGCAAGCUAGUCUAAUUCUUGAAAUGUGUACCCCCCCCAUAUGGAUUUAAAAAAAUAUUGAUUCAUCAGAGACCCUUGUAUCGUCUUGUCAAAUACAAAAUACACAAAAAUACAUUUUUCUAUACCUGCUCCCCCUCAACACUCAUUCACAUGUUGCACCUGUCAACUGCCUUUUUCAAUUCUUGAUUCUCUUUUUUUUUGCAGUAAUCUUCCCACUGGGCACACACUAGUUGAAUCAAUGUUGUUUCCACAUCUUUGAAAUGAAAUUACGUUGAACCAGCGUGAGAUAGACAUUGGAUUAACAUCUGCUCCCAGUGAGGUCCAGCUUGGAUGGAAGAGUACAGGUGGUAACAAAGGAAAGAAGUACAGAAGUUACCCAGCCUGCUGACGAAGACAUUUUAAAUAGCCUAUCUCUCGCUCUCCAUCUGUCUGCCUGACUGCCAGAUUGCUGAGGGGCAACAUAGUCAAUGUACUUGCUAGGCUAACUUAGUGAAGACCUUAGGCAAUGGUUAAUCAUGAUUUGUCUCUGUCUUUAAAGUUCCUGAAACAUGUCAAUGACGUGAUGCACGGCUUCUACACCAGUGCUUGGCCACACACUCAGUUACCAGUGACCUAUUCUACUACAUCCCAGGGAUAGGAGAGAGCAGACCAACCCGUCUUUAAAUCCAUAGUCAUUGACAGUUUUGUGUGGAAAAUGUUGUUUUUGUCUAUUUGAUACUCUGAUAUUCAAUGUGUUGAUUGAUUCCUACUAAUCAGCUUUGUAAGAGCUAGGUUUGUACUAGCUAUGCUGAUGACCGUUAACAUUUUUUCAUUAAAUCACUGAGACUGGAUUCCCCAAGAGACAUGCUAUUCAGCUGCCCAUGAUUGCCUGAGUGCAAAACCGUUGUUCUGAUUCAAGAGAUACCUACCUCCCUUGAUUGAUGACCAAUGAAUUAAUGUCCCACUUCAAUAUAAGGGCCAGAGGAGCAAGCAUGCCUUUACUACCACUAGUGUGUGCUCUUCAUUGUAGUCGGAGGUUGUGUUACAGGCCCUCUGGAAAGUCCUAAAAUGUGCCCCUGACUGUCGUGGUGGAGGAGGACACAAAAUCUGACACAUCACACGACUCUUCAAGGCGGCCACUACGCUCCAGAUCGUCUUCUGUGCUCAGAGGUCCAUGAGGAUCUACCCCAUCACACCACUCCUUAUUAAUUUUUGUGGUGACCAUGUUCUGGGCCCUAUACUUGUAUGACAGAGACCUGGUGUACCCCAGACUCCUGGACAACUUCAUACCCCAGUGGCUCAACCACGGCAUGCACACCACCGUCCUCCCCUUCAUCAUCAUUGAGAUGAGGACCACGCACCACCAGUAUCCCAGCAGGCCUUGUGGACUGAUAGCUGUGUGCAGCUUCGCUGUGGGAUAUGUCCUAUGGAUGUGCUGGGUACAUCAUGUCACCGGCGUGUGGGUCUACCCCCUGUUGGAGCAGAUCAGUCCCCUGGCAAAGGUGGCCUUCUUCUCCUGCCUCACUGUCCUGAUUAACAUCUACUACGUCCUGGGAGAGGUCCUCAACAGCUACAUCUGGGACGGCUCCAAAUGUGUUAUAGACACAGACAAGGCUAAAGCUGACUGAAGGCCAUUGCGGAGUAGGAACACUGCGUUGUGGGUCGCUGCAAAGACAGGCCCAAUCCCAACCCGGACAGCAUAAUAACAACCUCUAUGUAAAUAAAUGAUUUAAAAAAUAUAUGGGAAUAUGAUCCGAUUUUUUUUCUCUUUUGAAAAUAACCUUUUGGGCUUUUAAAGUGCUGAAUCCUCCUCUUGAAGUUGUUGGACUGUAGCUAAGACCUGAGAUGCCUGUUUCCUGUCAAUGACAAAGGUGGGAUAUGAAUUCACCACUUUGUUAUGGACUAGGAGGUAUUACGAUGACAUUACAUUUACUCACGUAUUGGUAUUUACUAUUUAAUCAUCCUGUUUAUCCAUCUCUACGACUCAAGUCUUAUCUGAACACCGAGUAUACUGCAUUAAAUGGAAUGAACUUAUUGCUAUGGGUGUGAUAUUAAUCUUAAGAUGCUUAGGCACUCUGGCAGAGUUAGCAAAAGCCAUGUAUCAGAUUUAGCUUUCUCUUCUUUCUCUCCCUUUUCACUGGAGAGCUUUCUAGCGAGGGCAUCUCGCCUACAGAGUGGCAUGAAUGACAGUCUUUUCCUGGUUGUGUAGUGUCUAACAGCUGUACCAUAGAAUGUUAUUUUCUAGGACAGCCAGACUUGUGAGCUCCACUGUUCAAAAUGACCCUUUCUUGUUUUUAUGUUUUUGUAAAAAGGGAUGACAGCGUUUGAUUCUUGAAGUGUGUAUGGUCUUUCAAUAAAAAGGUGUUAAGUUA